ACUUCUUCUCGAAAGCACAAACUGAGUUCUCCUACUCGUUAUAGGUCCCGAACACUGGUCUUAUUAGGCUCACACUGCUAUCCCAGAACAAUUGCCAUUGUUGCUUUGCUAACACUUCUCACUUUCCUGGGCACCUCUCCUUAGGUAGACGGAUCUUUACAAUAGUUGCGCCCCUUGCGGGGCAUUUGUUGAACAAUGGUGCCACAGCUUUUCUGAGUAUCAGCAAAAAGCCAAGAAAGACAAAGCAGCCCAGGCGGGAAGGGCCGCCCGCCGGUAGAGGCGGCUCCGGCCAUGGCGGACGAUCUGUAUGAUGAGUUUGGCAACUAUAUAGGUCCUGCUCUGGAGGACAGCGAGGAGGAGGAGGAUGAGCAGCACCUGCAACACGAUUUCGGGGACGACGAGGGCGCCGACGAUGAAGACGCUCGGCACCGCGAUGUCGAUGCCAUGCAGGAGGAUGAGGAUCCAGGAGAUGGGGGUAUGGCAGUGGUCUUGCACGAGGACAAAAAGUACUACCCCUCAGCUGAGGAGAUUUACGGACCUGAGGUGGAGACGCUAGUCAUGGAGGAGGAUGCACAGCCGCUGGAAGUACCCAUCGUUGCUCCUGUAAAGGUUAAGAAGUUUGAGACGUUAGAGGCGGAGCCAUUGCGGACACACUACAGCAAUGAGUUCCUUGCCACACUGAUGGCAAACCCGGAGCUUGUGCGUAACGUAGCAGUCGUGGGGCAUCUGCACCACGGCAAAACCACCAUUAUGGACAUGUUUGUCGAGCAGACCCACGAGCUGAAGAAGCUAACGGCGGCACAGGAGGCCGCCGGCAAGCAGCUGCGCUUCACGGACACCCGGUUGGACGAGCAGGCGCGCGCCAUGAGCAUCAAGAUGAUGCCCAUGUCGCUGGUCAUGGAGGGGCAAAGCGGAAAGUCCUACCUGCUCAACCUGCUGGACUGCCCCGGCCACGUCAACUUCAAUGAUGAGGUGACGGCGGCCAUGCGGUUGGCUGACGGCGUGCUGCUGGUGGUGGACGCGGCGGAGGGCAUCAUGGUGGUGACGGAGCGGGCGGUACGGCAGGCGCUCCAGGAGGGCCUUACCAUCACGCUCUUGAUCAGCAAGGUGGACCGCCUCAUCACGGAGCUCAAGCUGCCUCCCGCGGACGCCUACCACAAGCUGCGGCACACGGUCGAGGAGGUCAACAAUCUCAUUGCGGCCUGCUGCGGCGGCGUAGUUCCUCCCGAGCAGCUCUUGGACCCCGUGCGCGGCAACGUGGCCUUCUGCGCGGCCGCCUCGGGGUGGUCCUUCACGCUGCAGUCCUUUGCGCGGCUCUACGCGGACAUCUACGGCGCCGGCUUUGACCCUCGGGAGUUUGCGAAGCGGCUGUGGGGUGACCUCUACUUCCACCCCGAGGAGCGCGUCUUCCGCCGCACUCCGCCUCGCGCGGGCGGCGGCAGCGGCACCGAGCGCAGCUUCGUGCAGUUCGUGUUGGAGCCGCUGUACAAGAUGUACAGCACGGUGAUCGGGGAGCACCCCAAGACGGUGGAGGCCAUGCUGGCGGGGCUGGGCGUGUUCCUGCGCACCGCCACGUACAACCUGGACACCAAGCCGCUGCUGAAGCAGGUGUGCACCAGCGUGCUGGGCUCCUGCUCGGGAGUGGUAGACAUGCUGGUGCAGCACGUGCCCUCCAGCCGCAAGGCCACCGCAGACAAGGUGGCGGCGCACUACAGCGGCCCCUCGGACGCACCCGCCGUGUCCUUCAUGGCUGCAUGCAACCCGCGCGGGCCGCUGGUGGUGGCAGUGGCCAAGCUCUUCCCGCGUCAGGACUGCUCGCGGUUCGAUGCGCUUGGGCGCAUCAUGAGCGGGACCAUACGCCCCGGGGACCAGGUCAAGGUGCUGGGCGAGGCUUACACGCCCGAGGACGAGGAGGACAGCUCCGUCGCCACGGUGGGCAGCGUGUGGGUCUACCAGGCGCGCUACCGGGUACCGGUGGCUCGCGCCGCGGCCGGCAACCUGGUGCUGAUUGAGGGGGUGGACGCCACCAUCACGCGCACCGCCACGCUGGUAGCGGACGCGUACGAUGAGCCGGUGCACAUCUUCAGGCCGCUGCGCUUCCAGACGCGGAGUACCGUCAAGAUCGCCGCGGAGCCGCUGAACCCCUCGGAGCUGCCCAAGAUGGUGGAGGGGCUGCGCAAGGUUUCCAAGUCCUAUCCGCUGUGCAGUACCCGGGUGGAGGAGAGCGGCGAGCACACCAUCUUCGGCACCGGCGAAAUGUACCUGGACUGCCUCAUGAAGGACCUGCGGGAGCUCUAUGCGGAGGUGGAGGUCAAGGUGGCUGACCCCGUGGUGGCGUUCUGCGAGACGGUGGUGGAGAGCAGCUCGCUCAAGUGUUUUGCGGAGACGCCCAACAAGCGCAACAAGAUCACCAUGAUUGCGGAGCCGCUGGACAAGGGGCUGGCGGAGGACAUCGAGGCAGGCAACGUGCGGCUGGAGAUGGGGCGCAAGCAGCUCACGGAGUGGUUCCAAACGCGGUACGAGUGGGAUCUGCUCGCCGUGCGUGGCCUGUGGGCGUUCGGCCCGGACGUGCAGGGGCCCAACGUGCUGCUGGAUGACAGUUUGGCUGCGGAGACGGACAAGGGGCUGCUCAAUGCCGUGCGGGACUCGGUGAUCCAGGGCUUCCAGUGGGGUGCCCGCGAGGGGCCGCUGUGCGACGAGCCCAUCCGUAACGUCAAGUUCAAGAUCCUGGACGCCACCAUUGCGCCCGAGCCCAUCCACCGCGGCGGCGGCCAGAUCAUUCCCACCGCCCGCCGCGUGUGCUACUCGGCCUUCCUCAUGGCCACGCCGCGCCUCAUGGAGCCCGUGUACUAUGUGGAGAUCCAGACACCGGCGGACUGCAUUGCCGCCAUCUACAAUGUGCUGGCGAAGCGGAGAGGCCAUGUAACUGCGGACGUGCCCAAGCCCGGCACGCCCAUCUUCAUCGUCAAGGCCUACCUGCCCGUUGUCGAGAGCUUCGGCUUCGAGACGGACCUGCGCUACCACACGCAGGGCCAGGCGUUCUGCCAGUCCGUGUUCGACCACUGGCAGGUGGUGCCAGGUGACCCGCUGGACAAGUCCAUCGUGCUGCGACCGCUGGAGCCUGCGCCGGUGCAGGCGCUGGCGCGUGAGUUCAUGGUUAAGACCCGGCGGCGCAAGGGCAUGAGCGACGACGUCUCCAUCAACAAGUUCUUCGACGACCCCAUGCUGCUGGAGCUGGCUAAGCAGGAUGCGGACCUGGCCAUGAUCUUCUAAGGCGGAGCGGCGGCAGGCAGGGUUGUGGCGAGUGUGCGGCGGCUGUGGAGCGGUGUGCUGUGUGUUGGUUGAGGCGAUGGGCUGAGGAGGACGUGUGUGCGAGCCGCUUUGCGGUAGCAGGGCCUGCGAUUAAACGGCGCGUGCCGUGGUUGGAAUUGGUGUGGAGGAGCUGUUACGGUGGUGUUGAUGACUUCAGCGGACAAAGAGGUCGUAUAGGACAAGACCCAGUCGACUGCGCCAGUGAGUGUUGGUGACGUCAACUGGACAAGAAGGCUCUGUGGGUUACGGAGCGUGAUGUUGAUGGACCUGUUACAACCUACGCCUGCACCGUUGCGGGAAAGACUGAUCUGGUUUCGACGGCUGGGCAACAAAAUGCAGUACAUGUGCAUACCCGCAUGCGCGACCUGAGAAUCCACACCGGACGUUAGGAUUUGUUCCCGCUGACCAUGUAUGUGUUCCGGCUACAUAAGCCGGUAGUGAAAAAAGGCAUCUCUCCAGCCUUUAUUUCGCUCAUCCGUGC